UACUCCCCAUACAGCCGUGGGAUGCGUAAUGAUGCAGCUCUGGUUCCCCCAUGCCAAACAGCCAGCAUAUUUAAACAGCCAGUUACAAUAGUAAAGACCCAGCCAUCCAGCAAGGUCAAGGCCGACAUGAAGCACGGGUCACAGGACAACCCAAAGCAGCUGUUCUGGGAAAAAAGACUGCAGGGUUUACAAGCUCUGGACGCCCAAACCUCCGUGUUGAGAAACGUCGACUUAUCCACUGCUCUGAAGGCUGUGGGGCUGAACAUGGAGGACCAGACUGUGCUGCAGAGUGUCGCCACAGCCCUCCACGUGUUUCCUGGCCCCAUUACCGGCCAGACAGAGGCGAGACAUUACUUAGAAAAGAACCCUGGAGUGUUUUUGAACCCGUCACAGCCUCUCGUCAUUUUGGUGCAAAUAGAAAACGAGGACAUAGGAAGACAGGAAGAGAGAGUGGGUCUUGCUCGACACCAGCUGGAGAAGGCAUUGAGGGAGCUGCAGCCGUAGAGACAGAGAGAGAGAGAUUUUGUAUGUAUAACUGUUUUUGCUCUCUCUCUCUCUC